AUCUGGCGUUAAUUUUCAAUGUAAAAACAUACAAUUUCAUCGUUCGUAAAAUACAAAACACUUUAAAAAAAUUUUGAUUUUCGUUUAAAUGAAGCUAAAGCGAAUGUUUCUUUUAACAUCUAUCUUUUUUUUAAUAACUAUUUUAUAUUUCAAUCAACACAUAAAUUUAGAAUUAUCUUCACAUAAAAUUGUUGUAAAUUUUUCCUCAUGCACAAACACUUUUGAUAUUAGUGAUGGAAAAUGGAUUUUUCGUAACAACUUGAAAACUGAAGAUUUGAACGAAAGGACACGCUUGGAUGAAGAAAUACGUUUAAGUAUGAACUGGCCAAAGUUAUUGUUCAGAAAUGACUCAAGAUGUGGUGCUCAAUUUCCAUUAUACAAUUAUCAAUUACUUGCUCAAUGUAACCCUAAUAGCAACAAGCCAUGCUGUAACCAAGUAUCCGGAGUAUGUGGCCAAGGUGAUGAGUAUUGUAACUGUGAUAAUUGCACAGAUUUUAGAUCUGCAAUUUCAGCAGAACUUGGUGUGUGGAAACCAAACGCAUGUUAUUUCAACUACCAAUCAUAUAAUGAUACAUGCAGUUUGUUUUUGAAGAAGGAAAUAAGCAUGUUGUUUGUCGGAGACUCUUUAAUCCGACAAAUUUAUACAGUGAUGCUAAUGAUAUUAACUAAUAACUACUUUAACGGAAGCAUUCCUAGUUAUGCUAGUGAAAAAGAUAAAUUUAUGUGCACCGGGGAACAUCAAGUUACUAAUAAAGAUUGUAGUGUAAGAGUUGUUGCUCAAAACAGUGCAGAGCUUCCUUUUCAUGCUCUAUGUAACGGAGCUAAUGUAACAAUCAAAAUGAUACAAGAUUACAAUCACAAACUAGCUCCCGAGGUUUACAUAGCAAUCAAUAAAACAAUAUCUCAAGAAAACAAUUGGAUUAUUGCAGGAGUUGGUUUACAUUAUCAGUUAAAAUUCGAAAAUUUGAAAAGUGUUUAUUUAGAUCCUUUGUGGGAAUUAUUAAGUUCUUCUUUAAACGCUUGGCCAAAAUUGAUUUGGUUUGAUAUUCACGGAAUAUUUGGCUUUUUACGCAUGCGCACAGCAGCAAUGAAUGACGAAAUUGUGACUUUCAAUAAAAAGAUUCAACAAUAUUGGGAACAUAGAAAUGUGACCGUUGUUAAAACUUUUAAUUUUAGUCAAAACCUUCGAAGUUAUGAUGGCAGACAUUAUGGUGUAGGCUUUAACGAGCUAAAGGCUCAGUUGAUACUGCACUUACUAAAAGAUCAGCUAUAAAUCAAAUAUUUUCUAUUAUAAAAUUUUUAAAAAUAUUUUUAAAGCAUAAACUACAAUAUUAUUUUUUUAAUUUUAGAAUGUAUUUUUUUAAUUUUCUUUCUAGAUA